CUUAUUAAAUAGGUAAAAUGGAUGGAAUUGAACUAGCCAAUUACCUGGAAAGUUUUACAGAAAAGUCAAAUGUCUUCCUUGAUGAUGCCAGACAACUUUAUCAAACGUCUGCUUGUAACGAUUCAAUUGGGAGGUUUGGCUCAGCAAUGUAUUCUAUUAUGCUGUGUUAUGUGAAAUUGUUCGAACACGUUGGAGCAGAAAGCGCUGAAAAAUUCAAAAACAUCCUGGCGAAGCAUUUCAGAACAUCUGCCGUUCAGGAAGCAUACGAAGAGCUUCUACAAUUUGAGGACAAUUUAGACACCUUCGUGGGUCUAAUAGACGGGAAAUUUUGUCGGAAUGUGGCUUCAAAUGACGCAAAAGUAGAGACUGGUGGCAUAAUGGAUCCAACUUUAUCAGUCACCCAUGUGGAAUCAGACCAGGCAGUGAGUGUUGGAGACAUCUACAGCGAAAAGCCAUUUACCUUGUUUGUGCUCCUCAGGCACUUCGCAUGACUUCCAUGACGAAACCACGUGACUGAUUUGGACCAACAUCAUGAGCUUUUGGCUAGUUUGGGUGUCCAGAUGGUCAUGGUUUCCUUUGGAUCUCAAAAAGGGGCUGCCAGAUGGAAAAGGGAAACUGGCUGCACGCACACUGUAGUCACUGACCAGUCCAGGAAGUUUUACAACUACUUUGGACUGCGUAUCUCCUUCUCGAAGGUGUGGGGCUCUCAGACUAUGCAUUACUACGCUGGUCAGAUCCAACAGGGCAAGCAGUUCCUGAAACCCUUCGAAAAUGAGGAGGAUGACCCACUCCAGAUGGGAGGAGAUUUUCUAGUCGACAAGUGCGGGAAGCUCCUGAUGUGUUAUCCCCAGAAGUACGCAGCUGACAGACCUUCUAUACAGUCCAUCAUUAACUGUGUGCAAAACGCAACUCAAUAGAGAAACCAACCAGCAGAAGUUAUCCUUUGAUGAUGAAUGAUGGGCGGAUUGAAAACCAUGUUUUUAUGGAUCUACCGCUCGGAAGAACCUUAUAGUGAAAACUCCGCUGGUAGUAAUUUCACUGUUUUGUUUGUAAUUGUAAUGCGAUUUAUCUUGUAGUUUAGGCCACAUUUGUAGGCAUUUUAAUUGAAUUUUAU